AUGGUCGAAGCAUUUACUUCGAAUGGACUACUGGAUCCUAUAGCAGUAGAGAACGCGUCUAUAGCGUCUACCAGUGGGUUUACAUCUAAUGGCUUGCUGGGAGGGCCAUCAGCUAUUUCCAACGAUUACGCCGCGCCAGAUACCAUUCAUGAGCAAGAUAUGCUAGACCUGAUGGAGGAAUGUACAUCAGUGCAGCACCCCGUUGUGAUGGAAUCGGAGCCUCCAGUUGAGUCAUUUUUCAGCAGCAAUGGGCUCUUAGGAUCAUCUUCUAAGGAUAUCAAUAUCACUCGGAAGAAUUCAACCGAUUUCUUCGCGACAGGUCUGUUGUCAGAAUCACAAGACGACGAGCCCCUUCCUAAUCUAUCUGAACUAUUGGGUAUUCCUACGAGACCACCAAAUACAUCAAGUGAAACCAAUACGGCGCACCCCUCACUACCGACAUAUCUUCCUCUUCUUUCUGUUCGAGCUACCACCUAUGAUGGCAAAUCCCUAUAUAUCAAGCGUAGAAAACGAGUAACCAGUGUACAAGCCGCAAGUUUUUCUUUUGUCAUAAUACCUCGUAUAUUUUUAACUUCAGUUCAGGCUAAAUCUUCCUUCAAGAUGGGUAAUCUACUCGAUGUCCCCAUUCAUCGACUGAUGGACGAACUUUCGAGUAUAACAGCUGAAAAGCUAUCAAUAUCAAAUGCUGCAGGUGCAGGUGCACCGCAGGAAGUAUCUAGAGCGCCUCAAGAUGAUACUUUAUGGGUAGAUCGGUAUCGGCCACUUCGAUUCACUGAACUCUUGGGGAAUGAACGGGUAGCUCGAGAGACCAUGGAAUGGGUCAAGCAAUGGGAUUGGUGCGUUUUUGGUAGAAGGAAAAGCAAGAAGCGGCCCAGAGAAGGCGACGAAAACCACAAUCCUGACGACGAAUAUCACCGCCCACAUGAAAAACUGUUCUUACUAUCUGGACCUCCUGGGCUCGGAAAAACAACAUUGGCGCAUGUUAUAGCACAGCAAGCUGGCUAUGAGGUAAUGGAAAUAAAUGCAAGUGAUGCACGUUCUGGACUAGUCGUUGAAGAGCGAAUACAACCGGCACUCGAGUCAGGUUCAGCAAUUGGAAGCAGUAAACCUGUACUUAUCAUUAUCGACGAAAUUGACGGAGCAACAGGUGCUGGAGAUAAUACGUCGGGUUUCGUACAAAAAUUAGUUUCGUUAACAUAUGAUGCUCCAAAGAAAGGGAAAGGUAAACAAAAAAAGGACAAACGGCCACUUCUACGUCCUAUCAUUUGCAUUUGCAAUGAUCUGCAUGCCCCUGCUUUGGCCAAACUACGGCCUCAUGCUCGCCAAGUACGUUUAACGCGGCCAGCAGAUAUCCACAUCGUCAAACGUCUGCGGGAAAUAUGUCAAUUUGAAGACCUGAAAGCCGAUUCCAGAGCUUUGACUACCCUUGUUGGAGUUGCCAGAGGCGACUUGAGAGGCUGCCUCAAUACCCUCCAGUUCAUCAAAUCAAAAAGUGAGGAAGUAACAGAACCCCUGAUACGUCGUGCUACAGUCGGCAUGAAAGAGGCUGAUACCACGGUUACGUCUGUUCUUAAUGACCUAUUCGCUCCGAUGUCACGGAAACGCGUGAAGGAGCUUGGUCUCGGCGAGGAUGAAGAGGCUCGAUAUGUCAAUCGACUUAGUCGCGAGGUUGAAGGUCUUAAUAACCCCAAUAGUGUCGCCGUUGGUUGUUUUGCUCAUUAUAUCAAUUGUCGCCAACAUGAUGCCACCUUGGCACAUUACGAAAAAGCAAAUGACUGGCUAGUCACAUUUGAUACUUUCUCGUCCAUUAUGUAUACCGACGGCGACUUUGGUCUACACUCGUAUCUUUCUUAUUUCUUGGUACCUUUUUACUCCCUCUUCAAGGAACGAGGGGCACAGCGGGUAGAGAAGGACCAAACAGACUGGGAGAAUCUUCAGCGAACCCGAACAAAUGAACAGAUAUACAAGGACCUAUCACAGGGUAUAAGGACAGCAUGUGGCCGCAAUGCUGGAGAUUAUAGACAUCUUGUGACCGGAAAUACCCUUCAGCUUGAAUUUGCACCCUUUAUCAAUCGGAUUAUUUCGCCUCCAUUACGGCCAGUCAAUAGUCAAGUCAUCAAACCAGCAGAGCGGGCAUUACUGUCGCGUCUUGUUGAUAUCAUGACAUCUCUCGAAUUGCGUUUUGUACAAGAAAAAGCAGAGGACGGACAGCUCGUAUAUCGGUUAGACCCUCCAAUCGACGUGUUUGUCACGUAUGAUGGUAAACGGGCAGCUGAUAUUGCCAUAUCGAGAUACGCGGUCCGUCAUUUGGUAGCAGCAGAGAUCGAUGCUGCUUUAAUCGCUCGACACGCCGACGCAGUUGAGAGGGGAAAGACCAAAACUGACUAUUUCAAAAGGUCGGGUGGGGCUGGAGAGCCUGCAGAGGGUGGGGAGCAUGGCAGCGCAGAGGCUGCGAACACUAUGGCUGGAGACUUGAAGCGGAUUGAUCCCUCGGGUGCCGGUCCAGCAAACAAGCGCGCUCGCACAGAUCUGACAGAUAUAGCAGACAGGCCCCCGGUUGACUUCUUUGGACGGUUGAUCACCGUGCCUUCAAUUUCUAGUGCGAAGGAAGCGACGCGCAAGAACGUAAAGAAGGACUACCGUGUCACGUAUCGAUUCUUAGAGGGUAACUCUGCUGCAGUCCGUAAACCUCUAAAGCUCGCUUCCUUUCUAUAA